AUGGACAAGCGCAGACGAGAUUCAAACAGCCCUUCGUCUAAAAGUGGACGUGAGAAACGCGCCAGGGAAACCUCACCAGCCGUCGCUGCCCCAGUCGAAAAGAGACGACAGCACGUGAGUCCGAUUCGCACAGAAGCUUCAAGCGAUGUCUUUCAAGCUCUCAAAUCAAGCUGCAAGUGGCUUCACUUCCUAGGGCCCGGUAUCCCACGAGACAACGAGCAUCCCGUUUACGACAUCUUGGGUUGGAAAAACUUUGUUGAUGCUAUGGCAAACGACAUCAAUGAAGGAAACUCGGACAUGUAUGAUGGACACCUCAAUCUCUUCAUCGCCUGCGCCCGUGUCUUUCGCUGUUCCCCAAUCGCUCUGCUCAGUCCUCUUCUGGGCCUCUGCUACGACGUUCCAACUGUGGACAAGACAUCGGUUGAUGGCACUACGUCUCUUUGGUCCCAGACUCCCAUCCGUCUGCUGACCCAGAUCUUGACGCACCCUGUCAUGAGAGGCAACAAGGAUCACCUCGCCACGAUCUUGCAGUAUGCAGUCAUCUUGCGAACAGAUGAUAGGCGACCGUGGAUCAUGGCUCUGCAGCAUCCAACUCCUGGCGGUACCCUGGCAGAUCUACAAAAACGCAUCAAAACAACCAAGACAGUUGAUGGAAUCCUUACCCGCUCGGGAAACGUCUGUAUUGUCCGACCUCAUGUCGUCUCUCGAACCACCAUCGAACGCCCUACUACACCUGAGAACGGAACUAGAAAGCAAUUGGAUGUCCCUCUGUAUCAUGUCACAGCCGCCGACAUCGAAAACGUCAACUGUGCCAUCAAUAACGCAGAACUCAAUGGGAUAUAUACGCUCCCCACUACCGACAAAUGCUACGGACUGUUCCUGGAAAAUACAGAGGAGUCCGAUGAUGAACUUGACUUCGACCAGCUAGCUGACUUUUACCGUCGAGCUUGGCACUCUGAGUUUCAGAGAAUCGAUGAAUCCAUCUGGGACAGUAUCAAGGUAGAGGUACAGCUAACUCAGAUCGACUAG